AUGGCCUUUGCCAGCUCGCUACUCCCCGUGCCGGCCUCCCGCGUCUGCGCGAGCCCCGCGCCGGAGCUUGCCGCCUUCUCGCCGGCCAAGAAGAGCGUCUCGCUCGCCGCUGCGUGCCGGCGCCGAGGACCCCGUCACGGAGUCAGGGUGGAAGUGAAUGAAUCUGGAAGUGCUUUGGCUGUUGAUGCCCUCUCGCAAGUUAAACAUGUUCUGCUUCCAGUCCUUGAUCGCAACCCUUACCUUUCUGAGGGCACAAGACAGGCUGCAGCAACAACUGCUUCUCUAGCAAAGAAGUAUGGAGCAGACAUUACUGUAGUUGUUAUUGACAAUAAACCAAAGGAGUCUGUCCCAGAGCAUGAUACUCAAAUGUCAAGCAUUAGAUGGCAUCUCUCGGAAGGCGGAUUUUCAGAGUUUAGAUUGAUGGAGCGUCUUGGGGAAGAGCAGAAACCAACAGCUAUCAUCGGGGAAGUCGCUGAUGAGUGGAACUUAGACCUGGUUGUGCUAAGCAUGGAGGCAAUCCACUCGAAGCAUGUCGAUGGGAAUUUGCUCGCUGAAUUCAUCCCUUGUCCUGUUCUACUGCUCCCGCUCUGA